AUGGGGUGCAGCGCAAGCUGCGAGACUCAAAGCCAGACGACUCAAAGCCAGACGGUGACGGUGUGCUACGUGCCGAACUCCUUCCAGUCACCUCCGACCCGAGCACUACCACCGGAUGAGUCUACGCACAAGCAAUACUUGCGAGAGCUCAACCUCUACCUCAUCCGUGUGGCAAAGAACCCAGACGCUUUCCAGAGGAAGGUGGAGAAGCGUCGCAAAGAGGAGUUUCGCGACCUGUGGUGCCAUACCGUAACCGGAGGAAUCUGGGUGUUCGCAGGUUGCAUGUGGGCAGCCUUUGUGUCACCAUUUCAACAUAAGUUCGCUUUGCAGUUGGGGGCAGACAUCUGGGACCUGGGAAUCGAUAUGUGGCACUACAACGUCAGUGGUAUUUUUGCGAAACUCCUCUUCACAAUCUCUCAGCACGCCUCUUUCAUGCCCGACGAUCCUGCGAUGGCUCGCUCCCUCAUUCUGACCGGAGCCGUUCUCCUUUGCAGUGGUGCGCUCUUCACGGCCUUCGUGGCGGCGCCCCGUGCCGCUCCUGCUCCAAGCAUGCCUCCCGCCGCCACUGCAGCCUUGAGUGCUGUGACUCUGGUGGCUCCUCAGGCGGCUCAUGCUGAGGACGGUGCCGUUUGGAUCCCCGCUUUGUCUGCCAUCGGGGCCGGCUUCGCCAUCGGCUUGGCCGCCAUCGGCUCGGGUGUGGGCCAG